UGAUGCGUUGUUUACUGGCUUGUUAAAAGCACAGAAGAUGAAGAAGAUGAGAUGAUCCUAGUAGUGCUUCCCUCUUGUUCUGCUCUCUAAAAUAAUAUCUGAAAAGAAGAAGAAAAAUCCUUUCUCCAGCAAUAAGAGUAGAGAAAGAGAGAGAGAGAGAGAGGUCUGUGCACCAACUGUUCUUGGUAUACGACGCCAAAGGCCAUUUAACUCGUCCACAACUCCAGGAGAGAGUUCUCCCUCGACAACAGGAGAGACAUUUAACGAAAAAGACAAUAUCUCAGUACAAGAUCUAUAUAUUCUCUCUCCCCACCCCCCCAAAAUCCUGUUUUCUCUAAGCCUAUCACACACCUCCGACCAAGAUGGAUGAGCUCGCGACCCAUGAUCUUGCCGCCUGCAAGAAUCCUUCCUCCGCCAUCUCCGGCAUCCGCCUCUUCGGCAUCGACGUCUCCCACGAUCGCGGCGGCGACGGCGGCAGGAGCAAGAGCGGCCGCCGCUUCGGGUGCCACUACUGCUGCCGCCACUUCCCCACCUCUCAAGCCCUCGGCGGGCACCAAAACGCGCACAAGCGCCAGCGUCUGCGGACGAGGCAUGUUCAGUUCGGUCCGGCCAUGGAGACCGGUGGCCACAGUGUGUGCGGCCUCAGUGACUGCCUUCGUUUGCCUCACCACCCUUCAUGGCGCGCUAGUGUCAGCGCCGGAGCUGGUUUCUUCGGUAGGCACGGUCCGGGGACGCAGCCGAUGACGGGUAGGCCAUUGCUAUGGGGAGUUCCUGCAGUGGUGCGUGGUGGCACGGGCGUCGGCUUGAUUUAUAGUGAUCGAAUGAUGCCAUUACCUCUGAUGCAAGGAGAUGUGUGGAAAGCGGGUGGAGCCGGUAAUGAUGCAGUUUCUUGUGCUACUACUGCCACAAGUAACGAGUAUGUAUGUGAAUCAAUGUUGAGUGUCGGUGAGACCGUGAAUUUGGAUUUGCACUUAUAAUAUAUUUAAAUCAAACUACUGUUUUAUAACAUAUUUUAGAUCAAACUAUAUAGUGGAUGGUGUGUAGUGAGUCACCUCUCCAAUUGCCUAUCUUAUUACAGGUUGGA